CUUCUCCCCUGCAAGAGGAAAUCGUGAGUGCCGGCGUCUAUGGUCACCAUGGUAACGGGAUCAACUUCCGCUCCACCCACCUGCCCAUCGCCCUGCGAGGCGCUCCAUGGCAACCAGACUUCUGCGUGGCGGAAGCUGGUCCUGCAGGUUGCCACGGUUGGGGAACCCCGGCGAACACCGCCCUCAUCCCGAGGGGACUUGAAAAUGUACAGCCAGCGGUUUGGCAUCGUACAGCGGGAGGUUAAGGGUCCCACGCCCAAAGUGGUGAUCGUGAGAGCCAAGCCUCCUCAAGGCCAUGGGACUGAGCAACAUCUGGAAAGAAUCCGACGCAACUAUCAGAAACAUCAUGCUGUUUUGGAUUCCAUUAAGUCAAUGGAGCGGGAUCGCUUGAAAGUUGAGUGGCACCAGCACAAUGACCGCAAGUUUAUGGAUAGUCUUGUGAAAGCAAGAGUCAAGGAUGCCAUGCAAGGGUUUAUCAUCAACACUGAAGAAAGACGCAAUAAGCUACGUGAACUUUUAGCAUCAGAAGAAAAUGAGUAUUUUACGGAAAUGCUAUUGAAAGAAGAAACAGUUGAAGAGAAAAAAAAUAGAAUGAAAGAUAAAACCAAAUUAUUAAAAGAGAAGAAAGAAGAAGAAAGAAAGGCUUUUGUGGCUGAAAAGCUAGACCAGCAAUUCAGGGAACGCUGUGAGGAGCUCCGUGGUGAAUUGUUUUGUAUCCGCCAGAAGCAGGUGUCCGAGGAGCGGAAAACACAGAUUGCAUUUAAUGAGGAGCUGAAAAGGCAAAGACUAGUGGAAGAGCAGAUGUUCUCAAAGCUUUGGGAGGCAGAUCGAUUAGCCAAGGAAAAGCGAGAAGCCGAAGAGGCGAGGAGACAGAAGGAGCUAGUGGAGAACACACGCCUGGGGCUGAACGCCCAGAUCACGGGCAUCCAGGCACAAAGGCGGGCAGCCCAGCAGCUGAAGGAAGAAGAGGCGCGCCUUGUGGAAAAUUACAAAGUUCAGGUGAAACUUGAGAACGAGCAGGAGAAUUUAAAGAAACAGAAGACAAAACAGGAAAUUAGGACCACUUUGCAGAAAGCCCUCCAAGAGAAGAUAGAACAUAUUCAGCAGGAAUACAGGGAAGAGCAGGAUUUGAACAUGAAGCUCGUGCAAAGGGCCCUGCAAGGCUUACAGGAAGAGGAUGAUAAAAAGAAGCAAAAGAGAGUAGAUAUGGUAAGAGAACAGAAGAUAUAUCGUCAAUAUUUGGCACAGCGGCGAGAGGAAGAAAAAGCUCAGGAGAAGGAGUUGGACAGAAUAUUAGAGGAAGAGAAGGAAAAGAAGUCGGCUGAGAAAAACAAGCAGCUGAAACUUGAAAAGGAGGCAAGGAAACAACUUGUGGAUGAAGUCAUGUGUACAAGAAAACUUCAAGUUCAAGAAAAGUUGCAACGAAAAGCAAAAGAACAGGAACAACGUGCUAUGGAGAAGGAAGUUAUAAAUGAAGGUCUGAAAGAGCUUAAUCGUGAAGAGAAGGAGAAUUUUGCAAGACGCUCUGGGUUAGCCCAGGAGUACAGGAAGCAACUUCAGAUGCAAAUGUCUUACCAGCAGCAGGCCCGGGAAGCCCAGAAGGAAGAGGAACGCCGAGAGUUGGAAGCAGGGAUAGCAGCAAACAAGAUUUCCCAGGAAAAGAUCCAGGAGAUUCUGUCCACCCAUCAAGUGCUGCCUCGAAACACCCAUCCUAUGAGGAGGGCAUGCCCCAAUAAGCUGCCACCAUAGUUUUGUAAACAUCACAUUUUUCCAGUGUUUUCACAUUUUUUACUAUUUAUGUUUGAUUCUAUGUUCCUUUUAACCCAUGGAUAAACUGUUUUUUCUCCUCUGAAUUUGCAUAAUGAUACAUCAAUUAAAUAUCCCUCUUUUUCGAUUUCAUAGACUUACAAAUC